AAAAUUUGGAACCCACCAGCAUGUGAGGAGACCUGAAAGUGCACAUGGCAGAGUGUGGCGAUGGAGACAGCAGCAGUGGGCGGCCGUACAGGGACCCAUCGAGACACCUCUGGACCUGGCAGCAUCAUGAGGAGGCGGUACAGGGGCCCAAUGACAGAUUACGGGCCUGGCAGCAGCAAAUGGGGAGGCCCGUAAUCUGCCAAGCACCCUAUGACCAAAAUGGAACCCGACCAGCAGUGUGAGGAUACCUGAAACGUGCACAUGGCAGAGUGUGGCGAAUGGAGACAGCAGCAAUGGGAGGCCGUACAGGUACCCAUGAGAGACUCAGGACCUGGCAGCAGCAUGA